UGAGAGGGUCCAGGGGUAUACUUACCUCGCCAGCAAACAAAACAAAACACAUGUAAUUUACAGCGCUAUCGAGUAAUUAUUCGGAAAACAGGAGGAAAGAGGAGAAAGAGUAAGGGAUACAGGAACGCAGCGUCUACCUCUUGCGGUCAAUGCCAAAUUGAAUACAGUAAAUGCAGAUUCUAUCGUACAUGUAGGAUACCUACAAAGAAAGCUGGUACCUGCCUUUCUAGACCUAAUCUCCAAAGAGAGUGAGUCUGUGUGCGUGCCGCGCGAGUGGUGCAGGAAUCGCGAAUCGAUUUUGUAGCAAAGCAACUCUUCAACCAGCCACGAGACGGACUAUGAGGUACUUAUUAUAGGUUAGUUCAAGAUCUACCUUCGGUAGGUGCUUGUCUUCAUGCCUGUCUGCCUGCCAGCAUCACCUUGCCUCAAGUACCGUACCCGGACGGAAACCCAUGAUGACCUAAUUAAUCAAUCAAUGGCCGACCCCUUCUCUUUCCCAUCCAUGCCUGCUCUCUUCACCAGCCUCCUUCCACUCACGUCAGACAGACAGACAGCUCGGAUUACAAUACAGUCCCUGACCCUGGGCUCUGCUAAUAUUCCAGAACUCGUCCGCCGCUACCACCGACCCUGUCAGUUCUGGUUUUUGAUUUUUAAACACGGAUCUCGUCAAUAAAACUAGUCUCUACUCCCGCACGCACAAACCUGCAGAAGGGUACCACGCUCAACUGAGAUACUACUACCUUAUCUUAGCCAUCGCCCCCCAACACCAGUCUCCUCAUUUAGCGCCGCAUCACGUCGUAUGCAGCUUAGCCAAGGUGCAGACCAAACUGCCACCGUGUACUGGUAGCGGAACCAACGACCGUGCCGAACCUUGACAAGAAAAACAAAAUAACAAAGUUUCCGACGAGACUCGACACAGAGGAAUGAAGGCAGUGAAGGGCGGAGACUUGCCUGCCUGCCGAGACGCCCCGUAUUCCAUGGAGUAAAAUUUGACUACGCCGACCCUUCAGUAAUAAACCCCACGAACGACAAUCGCUGCAUCCCCAGCCGGCGCAGACAAGACAGAGUGGCAUUCCAGCUCGAAUAGCUACAACGAAACUAGAAAACAAAACAGGAUGGCGGACCAGGUCAACACGACUACAACGGAGUCGACUGCCCCUGUGACCAGCGAACCGGUACGGCCUGUGUCGCCUGCAAGUGACUCGGAUAAGGAGACGGAUAAUUUUGAAGAUGCGCCCGACACAGCCUCGAUCCGUUCCUUGACAAGGAGAAAACCGUCCACCACGCAGCCUAUUUCCGAAGACAACCAGUCUGAGCUGGCAGCAGCCUUCAACAAAAUCAAGAACAAAAAGGUUGCCAAGGACCAAGGCCCGAGCAAUGCUACAAAGGACAAAGAAACCGAGAAAGAGGUCACAAAUGCAGACGAGGCUACCGAGCCAGCUGCCGUUUCACUAUCACCAACAGUACCGCCAGUUUCCGAACCUGCAGUUGAUAACGUUGAAAAGCUUUCAGAGCCACUCGGCAUCUCAGAGCCUAACAGCAAGCGGAUAUCAAAGGCCUCUACCAACGGAGAACUGAACGAAGUCAACCUGAACGACAAAGAAGAGACAAAUCCUCCAGUAGAAGAACCGCUAGCCCAGACGCCCACCAUAAAAAAUACGCCCCCUCCCACUGUCGCUGCAGAUGAAAAGCCUGUCCCAGCACGGGAGUCACCCAAGACCUUGUCGCUAAGCAGCAUCACGAAUGCACUGCCUGCCAUGCCUUGGUCCCCCCCUGCCACCGAAUCCCCGACAAAGGCCAUGGCCAUCAACCCGCAGCCGUCCAUACCCCCUCCGAUCACAGCUCCUCCUCCGCCUGCCCCUGCCACUCGCAAACUGACCAGUCCCUUUUCUUGGCUAUCUCGAAACUCUACAAAGGACAAGGAGGCUCCAGCACCGCCUCCCGUGUCCCCCCGCAGGAACACUGCCAGUUCCGUGACGACUCUAACCAGCAACCCUGACAUACUUGGUCGGUUGGAAGAAGAGGGCAAGAAUGGUACUGCGGCGCGGAACACUCUGAAGGACCGUUUCAAGCUUGUGCGGAUGCGUGAGGAGGCCGGCAUUACCCUUUCAGAGGAUGAUAAGAGUCCUGUAGCCACAAAAUCAAGUACUGGUGUAACUAGCCCGGUUUCUAACACGUCGACCGACGACAAGGACAGUUUGGCUGUGCAACAACCUCCUACGUCACCUCUGCCAGGUAGUCCAAACAAGAGCUUGGCGCCAGGCACUGCAUCAGGCGUAGAUGCCGCAAUCGUCGAUGGGCAGCCUGUGGACUGGGAUCUGUGGCAGUCGUUGGUCUACGAGGGUCACGCUGCUGUAGCCCGAACAAGCUCCGAGGAACUAAACAGGGCCAUCGCGGUGGGCAUCCCGAACGUCAUCCGAGGUCUUGUUUGGCAGACAUUGGCGCAGAGCAAAAACGAGGGUCUCGAACAUGUAUACCGCGAGUUGGUUGCCAGGGGCACAGACAAGGAGAAGCCGAACAACAGGCAAAGUGGCAGCUCGGUUGGCACCGCUAGUAACACUAGUAACCUCAGCAUUCAGCAGCGGGGCGAGACGGCUUCUUCAGCAUCAUCGGUCAAUUCUGAUGGCGGCAGCUCGGGUGGCGCAGCCCCAGCUGUUGAUUCCAAAGAAGCCGAGGCGGCGGCCGCCAGGUUAUUAGCAGAACGCAAGAAGCGUGAAAAAGAGGAGAAGGCGGCCCUUGCAAAGCUGGAAAAGGUCAUUCGCAAAGACUUGGGCAUGAGGACAAGUUUCUCCAAGUUCGCAGCGUCACAGGGGCUUCAAGAGGGUCUAUAUGGUGUCUGCAAGGCGUACGCGCUUUUUGACGAAGCCGUUGGGUAUGCGCAGGGCAUGAAUUUCUUGGUCAUGCCGCUAUUGUUCAAUAUGCCCGAAGAAGAGGCCUUCUGCCUACUGGUGCGACUGAUGAACCACUACCACCUGCGUGAUUUGUUCAUACAUGACAUGCCAGGGCUUCACAAGAACCUCUAUCUGUUUGAGCGCCUUAUUGAAGACCUCGAACCGGCUCUGUAUUGCCACCUGCACCGGAAGGGCAUCUCAUCACACCUGUAUGCGACCCAGUGGUUUUUGACUCUCUUCGCAUACAGAUUUCCGCUGCAGCUCGUGCUGCGCAUUUACGACCUUAUCCUGUCCGAGGGUCUCUCGGCCAUUCUGAAGUUUGGUGUGGUGCUAAUGCAGAAAAAUGCGGCUGCACUGCUCCAAAUCUCGGACAUGUCAGCGCUGACUGCUUUCCUGCGUGAUCGGCUCUUCGAUGUCUAUAUUGAUGUUGCUCCCAGCGCCGGUGGGAUAUUAGAGAAUGGAUUCUUCGGCAGCUCAUCUUCGAACAUCGACAAAGAGGUGUACAGAGCAGACCAGAUGGUCCGGGACGCUUGCGAGGUCAAGAUCACGCCAGAGAUACUUGCUGCAUACACGGAAGAAUGGGAGGAGAAGACGGCGGCAGAAAGACAGCGGGAGGCGGAGAUCACUCGUCGUGAUGCCGAGAUUGAAGAGCUGCGGGCCAUAAACACGGCCUCGGCCUUCAAGAUUCGCCGACUCGAGGAGCAACUUCAGGUGCAUGAUAGCGAGCAGGCCGCUCUGGCGACGCAACUGGUGCACUUCAAGGUGGAGAACCAAGAGCUUCGCGAUGAGGCCGAGUCGUUACGGGAGCAGACCAAGACUCUGCGAACUCUACUUGAAGAACAACCAACCGAGCUCGAAAAGGCGUGGACCGAGGAGAAGCAGGGUCUACUCGCCAAGAUGGACAAGGUGCACGAGGAGAACCGGAGGAUUCAGCAAGAGAUGUCAGACAUGGAGCAACAACUGGUGAAGACCAAGAUGGAAUAUGCCGAGAUCAACUCGCAACACGAGACCCUGACAAGGAGGUGGACGGAUCUCAAAAGGCAAUUUGCAUGAGUUGGUCCUGCUCCUCUCUUCAUCUCUUUCUCUCCUCUAAAUUUCUACUGUACCGGUAUGAUUAUGAAAUGACGGUUACGCAUGCAUACUUCAGAUCAGCCUUUGGCCGAAGGGAAUUGUUUCAACCAUCCAAACCCUGUGUUUAACUUGGGGCAAAAUUUCAUCUACACAGAUAGUUACCCCUUGCCGUUAAUUUUAAAAUGUAGUUCUGCUGGGCUGGGGAUCAGACCAAGGCGUUUUUUUUUUGUUCAUCAUUCUCAUACCUUCCGCAUGAGAUGCUGCCAUGGCGGCGGCACAAUGAAUAGGCUAGCCCUCGGGGAGUUUUGUUGUCUUUCGUUCCUAGGUGUCUUUCUUUUUUCCUUUUUUAAUCCAGUUCGCGUCUUUGGGGACAGUAACAAAUUUUACUUUAUUUUUCCAUGAUAAACCAGGUACAUCCUAGAUGGCACCCAGCAAAAAAAGAAAUAAGGGUUCCC